GAUCAUAGAGCCCCGAAUUGCAGCAGCCUUUCAUUACAAGCUUGCUCGACUGCAACAGGAUUCAAAUUUGGUACAUCAAUAAACGCGUCUUUUAUCUAUUGAAUCAUGAUAAAUCGGAAUGUGGUCGUGGACAGCUCAACCACAGAGAAGUAUUUGCGAGUAGCAUCCAUUUCCAUCGCAUUUUACGAUUAUAUCAUCACACUCCCUGCAGAAUGGCGUUUUUAUCGAAGCCAACCGUCUAUUUUUCAUAUAAGUCUUUCCUGCAUCUUAUUCAUUCUCAUUCGCUAUGUUAGUAUCGUGGCUAUAGCAGUCAGUAAUUACGGAUACUUCUCCACCGGCUUUACCCAAGAAACGUGUCAAAAAUAUUAUUUUAUGACGCCAAUCUUCAAAGCCGCACAAACUAUGAUAUCACAGGUCAUCCUAGGUGUCAGGACAUACAAUAUCGCAAGGAGAGAUAGGCGCAUAGGAAUUGCCCUAUUGAUCCUAUACAUAUUCUUAGUUUCGGUGGAGUGGUUCACCGAUAUCUUUGACCGGACCCCUGUUGUUAUUAAUGGAAAUUGCACCCCAGCAAAUGCUGGCAAAGUAUUGUCAACUUGGUUUUUCUACCUCUCUGCGAUGUUGUAUGACAUCGUGAUGGUGACCAUUUCUACCGCGCACCUACUGCAUUAUAAUCCGAUGAGCAACAGAGUAGAACGGCUGAUACGGGUUCUGAUCUAUGACGGCAUUGGAUAUUUCAUCGUGUUGACAGCGUCGAACGUAUUGAACCUCAUCCUUUAUCACACAACCAGUUUCGAUACGCAGUCGGCAGGGGCAUCGGUUGGUUACGCUGUAACAUGGAUCAUGAGCCAGCGGAUCCUCAUCCACAUACGAGAAAUGAAAGAGCCAGAGGCACGAUGCUUGGAAAAUGUGGUCAUCGCGCGUCCUACAGUCACUGCGCAGAAGAAAACCUCCAAAAAUCCCAUCGAUGCAGAGCUUACGCCAACAUCUCCUCGCAACGGCGACAUGGAACUCGGUGUACGUGUAUGUGUGGAGCGCUCAGUGGUGGUAGACUACAUGGACGGAUCUGAGCGUUCGAGUUGGGAGACACCAGCGGAAAAAUGAAUCCGAGGCACUGGUGCCUACAAGCGAUAUUAUACCAUAUUAUGUAUAUAUUAUAAGCCCUGUGCAGUGCUUUAGAAAUAUCAGGGAUUCUUAAGAUACUCAGAUUGGCAUUGACUCGGUGCUCAAACCUGCAGGAAAGCGCGCGUAGAAU